AUGGAUCCUGCUCCAAACCUUAGCACUCUGACUCCAGAGAUUUUGCAGCUCAUCAUUGAGCACACACACCCCUCAGGCCACCGGCCUCUUGCGCAAACGUGCAGCCAGCAUGUUCUCAAUCUUCACCGCGACGCGCACAGAAAGUUUAGAGUCACAUCAGAUCUAGACCCAAUUAUCGUUUUCAACCUCCUCUGGAGCGCCUUCAGCCAUGGCGUCGCUCAUAUCGAUGCGUGGCAUGUCAGGGAGUUCGAGGUUUGGGGCGAAAGGGACCCUGCCUGGGGAGAGGACUCAGAUGCGGAACCGGAUGCAGACGAGGCCUCAGAAGUGGACUCGAAUCCUGCCGAGGCCCCACCACCCCAUGAAGUGGGCGAGGCGCUUCCUUGGUCGCCUCCUGAGUCUGAUAUAGAGUACUUCUGCGAGCAACUGCUGAAGGUACCGGAUUUCUUUCCCAGGACCAACGAACAGCAGUGGGGUAAUCGUGUCCGUUAUGGGCUAGAAAGCGGCCGCGAGAUCAUCACGAAAAGCCUCAUGUUGGUCAAUCUGCCGCGAAUCCGGGCCAUACGUUGUGCCAAGGCUGGUCUAGAAAAGAAGUAUCCAGGUGUUCAAAUGUUAAGUCAAUAUAUCUACUGGUGCAAAGAUGCUGGGACAUGGCUGCCGGGAUUAGAAUCGCUCGAAAAGAUAUCUGUCUUUACCCCCCCCGAUCAUUGGUGGUACCCGAGAGUGAAUACUCGUCCAGACGAGUUUGCCGCUCUACUAUGUCUUCCGAACCUGUCUGAAGUAUACUUCGACCACAUGGAUGGAGACUUCGAGCUUUCCAACAUGGGUUUGGAUCUGUUCACCAACAGUCCUAAAGCCCCAUUCGAUAAGACAUCAUCAGUCCGGACCAUUAUCCUCGAUCAUCUAGAAAAUAGCCUCAGCGAAAAAUUGAUAAGCUUUCUAGCUAAGAUGCCCCGGGCACUUCAAAAUCUCGCCAUCCGUUUCGACGCCACCAAUAAUUAUGAGUCGCGUCCAGCAAGUGCGGCGUCAUUGGUCGACGCCCUCUCCAAGCAUCAGUGCAAAUCUCUACAGCGGGUCUGCUUCGACGCCGAAAACCUGGCUAUCGGUCCAUACUUUUCGAAUAGCAUAGAUCCAGACCAUAUCCGCAAGUUUGAUGAGCUUCGAACGGUCAAUUUGAGCUGGCCGGCUGUGGAAAUGAGCCUAGCUGCAAGUGGAGAAAAACUGUCUCGAGAAGAGCUUUUAGGCCGUCUUUUAAGACUUUUCGAAUUCUGUCUCCCGCAUCAGAUGGAGAUCUUGUGGCUCGUUUCUUUUAAAGAAACUGGCGGUGUGUUGAUGACUGGGGAGCUUACCCGCGGCGAUCGCGAAAACUUGGGAUAUAUCGACGAGGCGGUUGAGGCGGCCAUCAAGUCGAGGCGAUAUGGCAACCUCAAAGCCGUCAUAUUGAACAAUGCUCAAGUAUCGCUGCAUGACAUCGUCGGUGGGGAUUGGGAUUUCCCCAAGGCCGCUAAAGCGGCGGAAGAGAGGGGAAUCUUUAUUGGCCUGUUUGAAGGCGACAUGAUACCACCUGAUCUCCGUAUUUACGGCGACUUCUUGCCAAUACCGACGAGAAGUUGCAUGGUGACGGGCGGGCUUAGGACAGAGGAAAGAUGA